UUUGUUGAUGAGAGGCUACAUCCAUCUUGGGAGGUCACUCAUGAAAAACAAAAGGAACGGGCGAGCAAUUGCAAGUAUCAUCACAAAAUGUCUCGCAAGGGAUACAUUGGAUUGGAGACUGAAUUGAGGCAGAGAAAAAUAUUCAGGGAGGAUGAGGAAGUUGAUAGGUCAUUCCUUUGGCGUAAGGCCCGCGAAGACAAAUCCGGAAACAUCACAAAUACAGAGACUGCUGAAGUUGCUGAAAAAAUUGACGAUUUGUUGGACAAAAAAAAGAGGGGAGAGUUCAUAUCUUCUGGAAGCAAUGACGUAUUAACUACUGCAUUAGGGAGCCAAGAACCUUACGGAAGGGUUAGAGGUGUAGGGGGAUUUGUGAAGCCCCAAGUCUACUUCAAAACUCCAAGGAAGAAGAGGGAGUUGGUGUCAAAGGCUUUGGCUGAAAACUUCAAAGAGCAAGCGGAGGAAACAAAGAUUUUGAAAGCUGAAGUUGAAAAACUGAAGGCUCUUCUUGCUCGAUUUAUGCCAGAAACAAGUGAUCGAGUUUCUGAACGUGUAGCAUCUAACAAGUCAUCGCACAUGGCAGUUCAAAUAUUGGAAGAUGAUGUGGAAGUUUUUGAAUGCGACAAUUCAUUCAAUCAGGUUUUGUAUUAUAUUUGGUACAUUAAAUUUGUUUCCUAG